CAUUGGUCUCCAAAACCUCAUUGGUCUCCAAAACAUGCUCUUUUUCGACGUUUCUGGUUAAGAACCCUUUAAAGCAUCACCAAUCUCCAAAACUUGCCUUCUUUACUACGUUUCUCGUUAAGAACCCCUAUAAAUCAUCAACCACUAAGGGUAUAUCUCUUCCCAUUCUUUGUCCCCAACUUCAAAGGAUAUGAGCCCCCUAUUAUUCAUCCUACUCCACCUUGCUCUUGCGCUCUCAAAUGCUGCUCAUGCACAGCUCCUUUUUCAGGGUUUUAACUGGCAGUCAUGGAAUAACACAGAGGGAUGGUACCGCCAUCUGAAAGGGCUUGUGCCUCAGCUUGUGGAAUCCAGCGUCACACAUGUCUGGCUCCCUCCUCCCUCACAAUCUGCAGCCCGAGAAGGAUACAUGCCUGGAAGGCUCUAUGACCUUAAUGCUUCGACGUAUGGAACCGAAGCCGAUCUGCGUGACCUGAUCAAAACUCUAAAUGCCAAUGGCAUCAAGGCGGUCGCUGACAUCGUCAUCAACCAUCGGACAGCAGAGACGAAGGACUCCCGUGGCAUCUGGGCAGUUUUCGAAGGUGGCACCCCAGACGAUCGCCUCGACUGGGGGCCAUGGGCCAUCUGCAAAGAUGACAAAGAGUACUCCGAUGGCACUGGGAACCUAGAUACCGGUGUCGAUUUUCAGCCUGCACCCGACAUGGACCACUUGAAUCCCAGGAUCCAAAAUGAGCUAUCAGAGUGGCUCAAUUGGCUCAAGUCUAGUAUAGGAUUCGAGGGUUGGCGCCUUGACUUCUCGAGAGGCUAUUCGGGCAAGCUUGCCGGGAUGUACUUCGAUCGUAGUAAGCCCGAUUUCGCAGUGGGUGAAAUAUGGAGUGGGCUUGUGUAUGGAAACGAUUCGAAGCCGCAGUAUAAUCAAGAUAAGCACAGGCAGGAGCUUGUGGAUUGGGUUCAUGAGACUGGUGAUUUGGGGAUGGCCUUUGAUUUCACAACUAAAUUGUUGAUGAAUGAGGCUUUGAAGGAUGAGUUGUGGAGGUUGAAGGACGGGAAUGGAAAGCCAAUUGGAUUGAUUGGGCUUUUGCCUGAGAAGGCAGUUACUUUUGUUGAUAACCAUGAUACCUAUUCUCAGAACCUGGCUCCCACCCCUAGAGACAAAGUUAUGCUUGCAUACGCCUACAUUUUCACUCAUCCUGGAAUUCCCUCUUUUUUUUACGACCAUUACUUUGAGUGGGGCAAGAAGACUGAGAUUGUUCAAAUGAGUGCGAUAAGGAAGAGGAACCGCAUCGGGCCAAAGAGCGCCGUUCGCAUCUUGGCUGCUGAUUCGGACUUGUAUGUGGCUGCGAUUGACGAGAAGAUCUAUAUGAAGAUUGGUUCGAGGUACGAAGUGGGUGACCUCGUUCCCUCUGAUUUUGAAGUGGUUAUGUCAGGGAACGACUAUGCAAUAUGGGAGAAAAAGAAGUGAACAAAAAAUGAGUGCAACUUCUAAUUCAAUAAUGGAGUUUGCUCCUAUGUUAAAGAAUGUCAUGAAAUAUAAUAAUACUUAUUAAUUUCUCUUAUUUAAAUUGAUGAUGCUUCUACUAUGUCUAUCUAUUCUUUUAAGGAAAAGUAUACAGUGCG